UAAUUACACUUUAAUGACUGUAUGACACAGUUAGUAUGACACCAGUUUGUUCACUUUUUCAUCACAUUCUCAGUCAUGGCGUUCAAGGGGAGAAACUGGAAGCUUCUUCUUCUCUUUAAUGCUGUAAGCUUGCUGGGAAUAUACAUUUUAUCUACAAAAAAACAGCACCAAAUCAGGCGGCAACUUCCUGUUCAGGAGGCUCCGCUUGUGGAUGAUUCUUGGAUGCUGGAGAACAGGCGGCAGUUGAAACCGGAGGUAAAACUGGAACCAAAGCAUAAACCGGAGCCAAAACCCGAGCCAAUACUGGAACCGGAAGAAAAGAAAACUGGUGAUAGCGAGGACAACAAUCUGAAGGAGAGGCUUCGCAACCUGGAGAAGCUUGUGUACGGGCCCCUGAAUGGUCUUGCCAAACCUCUCGGCCUGGUUGAAGGCUUCGGGGCUCCAGGCUCAGACGGACUUCCCAUCAAGCUGUCUGAGGAAGAGGAGAAACUAUCUGAAAUUGAGAAGAUAAAGUACGGCUACGAUUCCUUCAUGAGCGACAAGAUCUCCUUGGACCGAAAACUCCCGGACUUCAGACCCAGCAAAUGCAAAGAGUACAUCUACCCAAAAGAUCUCCCCACAAUCUCCCUCAUCUUCAUUUUCGUCAACGAGGCACUGUCCGUCAUCCUGCGCUCGAUCCACUCGGCGGUCAACCACACGCCAGCCCAGCUGCUCAAGGAAAUCAUCCUGGUCGACGACUGCAGCGAUGAUGAGCGAUUAAAAGAACCUCUGGAGAACUAUGUGAACAAACGCUACCCUGGUCUGGUCAAGAUUGUCCGGAACAAAAAGAGGGAGGGUCUGAUCCGGGCCCGGAUCGAGGGCUGGAAGGUGGCCACCGCCGAGGUGACGGGAUUCUUCGACGCCCACAUGGAGUUUACGCCAUUCUGGGCCGAGCCGGCUUUGGCCCGCAUCAAGGAAGACAUCACCAGAAUCGUCCUACCGUCCAUCGACAACAUCAAAUAUGACACCUUCGAGUUGCAAACCUACGGGCUCCCAGCCCACGGCUACGACUGGCAGCUGUGGUGUAAAUACAUUGCGCCCUCCAAAGAAUGGAAGGACCUGAAUGACAAAUCCGCACCCAUCAGGAGCCCCGCCAUGAUUGGCUGCUCCUUCUUGGUGCACCGGGUCUUCUUUGGUGAGCUGGGUUUGUUCGACCCAGACAUGGACACCUACGGGGGAGAGAACGUAGAACUGGGCAUUAGAACUUGGCUGUGCGGUGGCAGCAUGGAGAUGCUGCCUUGCUCCCGUGUGGCUCACAUCUCGCGCUUUAAGAAACCUUACCUUGAGGAGCCUCUGCACAUCCCCAUGCGGCGCAACGGCCUUCGCGUGGCAGAGGUUUGGUUUGAUGAAUACAAGCCCAACUUUUACUACGCUUGGAAUAUUCCAAUGGAGGGUCACGGCAUCGACUAUGGAAACAUAACUCACAGAGUGGAACUCAGAAAGAGACUGCAUUGCAAGAACUUCAAGUGGUACCUGGACAAUGUGUACCCUCAAAUGAGAACCUAUCUUGACACGGUCAUCUACGGCGUGAUGAACAACACUCACGCCAACUUCAGCCACCUGUGUCUGGACCAGGGGGAAAGAAAGGACCACGAACCAAUACUGUUCCGCUGCCAUGGCUUACCCCCUCAGUUGGUGCGCUAUACCAGUAAAAAUCAACUAUACAUUGGUACACUGGGCAACAGCUUUUUCGAAACACGCUGCCUGGUGGACGAUCCGGACAUUGCCACACCGCAGCUCCUCGACUGUGACCAGGUGAAAGACCUCAAGCUGACCAAGUGGAAGUACACUCAGGGCAACGAAGUCCGAAACAUGGCCACGGGUCGCUGCAUGGAGGUAGUAUCCAUUUCAAAGAAGUUAGAGCUUAUUAUGCGGUCCUGCACGGGCCAGAAGUGGAACUUGAAGACUCCACCCAUACGAUACUGAGUUCGAAGGCUGAUUUUUAUAUGUAUUUUACUUUUUCAGUGAUGUGUUUUAUUUGAAUAUUGUGUUAUGUUUACUUGGUUUAAUUUUGUACCAGCUUACUUUUAUUCAGUAGUUGUGCUCAUAAGUCCCAGUCAAAAUGGUAUGGUUUAGACAAGUGUUGUCAAUGUCGGCUAAUGAGUAAAAAUGCUAAUAACAGGAUUAAAAGAAAGUG